CAUUGCUAUGUAGCCGCAAAUGUACUUGAUCCAACAUGUCAGCCCCCGUUGGAACGAUGGUUGAAGACUCAAGCAGUGAAGAUGAAGAUCUGGAAAAGUUUAAGGAAGCAGCUUGGAGUUUUGGCACGUAUGGAAUUAAUGGUACACACAAUACCGACACGGCAGAUGGGGAAUGCAAUGGGAAGUUAUCCCGUCGUGUGGCUGUAUCUAAACAUGAACAUGAUGGGAACGAGCUUCAGACGACUCCGGAGUUCCGUGCGCACGUUGCAAAGAAAUUAGGUGCUAUACUUGACAGUUGCAUUUCAGUGAUAUCUGCAGAAACAACAAAACCCUGCACACUGUCAACCAAAUAUGAAGAUGAAGGUUUCCGGCUGUUCACCACAUCUGUCCCAGGAGAGUUUACCAUUGAUCCCCCUCCUCCCCCUGUAAGGCGUCGGCCCGUCCCCAGCUCAAGUGACAGUGACAGUGAGCUGGAGAUGAGACUGAGAGAGGCGGCCGUGUCAGUUACAGACCUCCUAUCAUCUGCUCUCCCCAGCGCAGUUACACCUUCCCUGCCAAAGUUCCUCAGCUCAGAUAAAUUGAAGAAGAAGAAGAAGAAGAAGAAGAAGAAAUACAAGGUUCAGGAAGGAGAGGACAGUAAUAACAGCCCUGUCCCAGAGAAAAAUAAGAAAAUGACAGCUCCUCGCGAGGUUGAGAACUGUGGAGAAGCCUCAUCUUAUGCUAAAAUGGAGGAGGACCAAAAGAGCCCCGAGGAGGAUAGUCUACCGCUGAAGGUCAAGAAGAAGAAAAAGAAACAAAAAGGCACAGAUGAACGGGUGGAAGAGGAAGUAGAAAAGCACUGAGAGACUUCUGGACUCACUUGUUGUGAUUUGGGAUAUUGGCAGUUCCAUGCUUGUAAGAACUGUUAACCUGUUGUAGCUUGGGGUUCUUAGCAUUCAUUAUAACAUGUUCAGGUCAUACACUGUUAUUUUCUUUAAAUAAUCACUGCAAUGUUGUACUACAAACAUUGCAGUGAUUAUUUAAAGAAAAUUGUUUGGAAUGGAAUACGUUCUUUCAGAAAUGUGGAAUACUGUAAGUCUCACCAGAUAUUUUAUGACAUUUUUUUUCUCUGCCCAAAACACAAUCAGUGCUAUGCCUUGUUUUGUAAAGAAAGCAGUUUACACUGAUGUCAAGAAUUCUGAGAGCAUUUUUAUUAAAACACUUUUCUAUUGAUAA